CCAAUCAGAUCCUCCGAGCAUGACUCAUACCGAAAUAACCAACUGAGGAGAUUUGAGUAUAGCUCUUAUCGAAAUUCAAAUAGCAGCAAUCAAGAAGCAGAUUCUGUACAAAAUAGACCAAAAACCAAUAGUGAACCAAGAUCUUUCAUGUCUAGUUAUGUCUCAGCGGGUAAUCUGCAGUCUGCUAUUUCUGUUGAGUCGUUGACUGAGGAAAAGAUGGCGCUGUGUUUCAAAACUGACUCUGAGAUUCUGAAGAUGAAGUAUCCCGAGUGUGAUUGGUUGGACAACGAGAGGUGUGCUGUGAUUGUGUUCGAGUGUAGUGACCCAGACUGGCCAUUCCCAAUGAACGCCACAAGAGUCAAGAUGACCUUCCCUCAAUUCUAUCCUAAGCAGGUGCUCGAAGUGUCUUGUAUUCACAAUCAGGCUGUCCCGCGUCAAGUCACCAAUCAUAUCAACAGCCAAUUGACUGAUUACCUCAAUGCGCGACAGACGACAAUAGAUCAAAGUGGGUUCUCUGUUCUGAUGGUGAGACCCUUCCUGAAGUGGUUCGACCGAAGUUUGAAAGACUUCUACUUCCGAGGACUCAAACAGGCUAAGUUGAAUUCAACCGUUGAGGUUGCCAACAUCAAUCAACAUGUAGAUCUUGAACUGGACUCGGAUAAUACUUUUGAUGCCACCUUGAAACAGACUUUUGUUGCUUAUCGGAAAAACGAAGACGGUCUCUCCAUCGAAGAUGCGCGUGAAAAACUUGCCGAACAAUUAAAACAUCACAAUUUGAACGAUGAAGUCGAUGAGUUUGAUGAUGAAUAUGAGUACUCGUCUAGUUCUGAAUCUGAUAACGAGGACGAUUCAGAGCAGGCAGGGUCUGCAUCUAGUUCUAGAAAACAAAACAAAGGUGGAACUGUGACUAUUGCGGAAAGAUGUGGCAUUGAAAUAUCCCUUCUCAAUUUUGCCUUUCAAACUGAAAAUAUCUGCACCAUAUCCUGUAGAAGUAUUGGGUGCUCGUUCACUUGUUCACGGUGCGGUACUUUAUUUGACAUGAAAAUGCACCCCAAUAGUGCAAUAUCUCAGGAGUGUGUGAAAUGCAGAACGAAAAUGAUGGUGAAUUUUCGACCUUCGCUAAUGCACCAGAGCUGUAAUGUAUUGGGCUAUUUUGAUACUGAGAAUUGCUCCCCUCAUUUCAACAUUAAUGCGGCUGAAACACUCUGGGCUUUCAUGUGCAGUAAUUGCAACAUGACGACAAAUUCACCGGCUGUGAAUGCGGAGGAGGUGAAGCUGGUAUUCUGCCACAACUGCCACCACAAAUACGAGGUCAAGUACGCAGGGGUCAAGUUCAAGGACCUCAUGGUACGACACCCUCACAUGCCCAAAAUGACAGAAGCGAAACCAGCCACUGGGAAAAAGAAGGAGCGCGACAUGCUUUCUCUGAUCCCGGGCGAACCCCUUCCCAAAAAAGGGACGUGUAAACACUAUCGGAAGAGCUACCGGUGGCUCCGCUUUCCCUGCUGUGGUAGAGUGUACCCAUGCGACGUCUGCCAUAAUGACGUGGAGUUGCAUGAGAUCGAGUUUGCAAACAGAAUGAUAUGUGGGUUCUGCUCUAAAGAGCAGGGCUACCAGAAGAGUAAAUCCUGUACGGGGUGCAGUAAAGAACUGGCAGGCACCACUGGAUCCCACUGGGAAGGAGGGAGAGGAUGCAGAAACCAGAAGAAGAUGAAUAAAAGUGAUGCACAGAAGUACCGAAAUCGGAACAAGACAAUAGCCAAGAAGAAUGUCGCUUCUAAUAACUCGAAGAAAUAGACAUUUCGCUCAUAUUUUAAAUUUUAUAGAAACAAAUCUUUGGAGGCUAGAUUUUCAGUUGGAAAAUGAAAAUCAAAGCAUCAGAUUCUCAGCGAGAAAAUCAGCUACUUUGCUCCAAGUAUUUCCCUCAAUAAUCAAAGUAAUUUGAACACAAUAUUUGGCUAUUGGCGCAUUUUCCAAUACUUUUCAAAAAAAAUUUAAAUGCGUUGUUUAAAGCACGUUGUUUGGCUAUUGAUGCGUUUUUUAGAGUUCUGAAAACAGUGGCGGAAUACUUGUGCUCAAUUUGGUUCUUUCUGUUAACGAAUUUUGACUAAAUGUCAAAUUUUGACAAACUCUUAGGUUGAAAGUUACCUAUUUGGGAUCAAGUUUUGUGUUACAAAAUAUUAAAGUUCUGGAAGUCACCUGAUCUUACAUUGAUUUACUUAAUUGUUUCAGACGCGUGUUCAAAUUUUGACUGAAUAAUAGAAAAAUUGAAAUAAAAAAAUCAU